GUCUCCACUGGGAGACGUGCAUCGACAUGUGGGUUUUUGCAGCUGCAUCUCUUCACGACUAAACUUCCGCAACAUCCCCUCUCUGCGCGAUCGUCUGUUGGGUUGUCGUCAAUGCUCUGUCGCUUGAGUGAGGCUAGACUAGUUUCCGCUUCCUAUUUGUCUUCGGGAUGCCGCUUGCACGAUACACGCCAGUCUACUGUAAGCUUUCGAUGCAGGGCAUCCCGUGCUCCCUCAAGUACGGUCGCAUUUCCGAGACAACUGACCGCAUCAUUUCUUCAUUACUUGUUCCGAACUUCCAGGUCAUUCAUUCAGUACUGUCUCGUCUUUCAUGCAUACUCCCUCAAUUGCCGCCGAUCAUGCACGGCGAGGAUUGGUAUGGCGGGGGAACGCCGAUGUCGCGCUCUUCGAGUGCUGCCUCUUCUUUCCCAGGUGACCGAUACAUCAGUCGAACGUAUCCCGAAGGGGGGAAGAGGCCUUAUGUCAACUUCGAGUAUGUCGAGGUCGCUGACGAGGAUGCAUCGUUUCCCGCACCGAAACGGCCACGAUAUGUAGGCGUUAUACCAGAAGUACCACGGGAGCCUUCAUUCUUCAUACUGAGGGAAGCGGGUCGGCCAAGCCCAGUGCCGUUCUACGAUUAUGAUGGCUCUGGCUCGGUCUCGAGGGUGCCAUCACCCGCAGUAUCCGAAAGAAUGUCGGAUAAUGAGAUCCCACCACACCGCUUUUUGCGGCCGGACCUUCGUCCCACCCCUGUCGAGAGGACAUCAUCGGGCUUGUCUCUUGCGCCUGAAGAUGACGACAACGAAGCCCGGUCAGGUUACUCAGACAUGAAGAAGGAUGAGCAGGCAGCCAAUCGUGUUGAAAGCCAUUUCGCCCAUUAUCACAAACGGGCGCGCGACUCCAAGGCAGAGCGGAUUCUGAAGAGCCUUAUUUCUCCGAAGUCUUCUCCCGGAAAAGAGUUUGAGAUAGAUGGUGCGGCUCUGAACAACAUAUUCCGUGCAACGAACGAGAUAUUCUUCUUUGGCUCCCUGCGGAACCGUGUGAAAUGGGAUUGGUCUGAUGGGUCUAAUGAACGGUACCAUACUCAGAUCAUAGGCACGACGGCCUUGCGCGCGGCAAAGGAUGGGGGAUACGAGACACUGAUCGUGUUGUCACAUCGCUAUCUGAAAGACAGACGGUAUAACAGACGAUUACUCAUAUCUACCUUUAUUCACGAGCUGAUUCACAGCUACCUCUUCAUCCGGUGCGGAUUCAAGGCGAAGCGGUUUGGAGGACAUACAGUCGGCUUCCACCAGAUUGCUAAGCUGAUUGACGAAUGGGCCGGCCCGGACACACUUUUCCUGAGCAACAUGGAGGCCGAUCUUGACGACUUCCGCCUUGCGCAUAAUCAUAACUCCCCCGGGUAUGAUGUAUUUCGUAACUGCGGGAUGCAGUGCUCUGAAGACGUCAAUGGUAUUCCGCCGGCUGACCACCCGCCAGACGAAUGGCCUGUUUUACGUUUACUGGACAAUGGACACUAUGGAAAUAGGUUCGGUCCACCAUGAGUCUGUUUCUUGACAUAUUCAAGAAGCAGCCAUCAACGUUAACCAUGACUUUCGAGUCAU